UUUGGAUCCCCUCCAGACAGAGACACAGAGACCGAGAGACAGACAGACAGACAGACACAGAGACACACAGACCGAGACACAGAGACACACAGACCGAGAGACAGACAGACACACAGACACAGAGACACACAGACCGAGACACAGAGACACACAGACACCGAGCGAGUGAGUGAGUGAGUGAGAAUGUCCAAGCGAGUGGCAGUAGUGACAGGAAGCAAUCAGGGCAUCGGCCUGGCCAUCGUGAGGUCCCUGUGCGGCAAGUUCCAGGGGGAUGUGUACCUGACAGCCCGGGACCAGGCGAGGGGCCGGCAGGCGGUGGAAGCCCUGCAGAAAGAGGGGCUCAAACCCCUUUUCCACCAGCUGGACAUCACCGACCGCGACAGCAUCAAAAAGCUCCGGGGCUCAAUGCUGGAGCAGUACGGGGGGGUCGAUGUGCUGAUAAACAACGCGGGAAUCGCUUUCAAAACGGACGACACCACCCCUUUCGCCACCCAGGCCGAGGUGUCCCUGGCAACUAACUUCUUUGCCACCCGGGAUGUCUGUACUGAACUGCUCCCCAUCAUCAAACCCAAAGGGAGAGUGGUGAACGUGUCCAGUAUGGUAAGCGUGAGGUCUCUGCAUAAAUGCAGCAGCGAGCUCCAGGCCAAGUUCCGGAGCGAGACCCUCACGGAGAACGAGCUGGUGGAGCUGAUGAAGAAAUUUGUGGAGGACACGAAGAAGGGGAUACACAGCGAGCAAGGCUGGCCGUCCACUGCUUACGGGGUGUCCAAGAUCGGGGUCACUGUCCUGUCCAAAAUCCACGCCCGGAUUCUAAGCAGGGACAGGCCAGCGGACGGCAUCCUCCUGAACGCUUGCUGCCCUGGUUGGGUUCGAACCCAGAUGGCCGGUCAGAAAGCCCCCAAGAGCCCAGACGAAGGUGCUGAGACCCCCGUCUAUCUCGCUCUUCUGCCCCCUGAAGCCAAAUCGCCCCACGGAGAGUAUGUGUCGGAGAAAAAGGUUGAAGCCUGGUAAAUAUUUCAGGUCAGGAGUUGCAGGUAUUAUUACACAUAGGAUCAGAGGCCAGGAAACUGGAAAGUUAAGCGCCUGCAACCAACAAUGUGCUUUACAUUAUAACAGAUGUACGACAGCAAAACACUUCAUCAAAACCCUGAUGUUCGUUGAUAUACAAAAUAAAAUCUUUACUC